CGGGACGGCAGCAUGCGGAGCUUGCGCGGCGUUCCGCCGUCGUUGCCGGUGGUGUUGCUGCUGCUGGUGGUGGUGGCGGCCGCGGGGCACGGCGCAGUCAUCACCGGGGCCUGCGACCGAGACCAGCAGUGCGGAGGAGGGAUGUGCUGUGCGGUUAGCCUCUGGAUCCGCAGCCUGCGAAUGUGCACGCCGAUGGGAAAUUUGGGAGAGGAGUGCCAUCCUUUGAGUCACCGAGUUCCCUUCUCCGGACGGCGGAUGCACCACACCUGCCCGUGUCUCCCCAGCCUGGCCUGCGUACGGACUUCUCCCAGCAAAUUCAAAUGUUUACCGGACUUCAGAAAAGAAGAUGUCUUUUUUUAGCAGGAGCUAUUCUGCGCUAGAAAGAGCCACUCGAUGUAUUCUUUUUCUUGUUAUUGUGAUGAACAAGGUACUUGCCAGGGGAAACCCUUUACCAUACUUUCCUGCCUCACCAACAUUAAAACUGAAGAUGAGAUACUGUGUUGUAGUGGCCAAGGUUUUCAGGACUCGCGGUGGCGGAUGCUUUCAUUUUGGGUUGAGCAAAAGGACAUCUGCUAAAGCAAUAUUGCUUUCUGAGGGCAGGAGCUUAAUGCUUUCUGAACCAUCUCAUGGUCUUCAUGGUUCCAGCUUAACCCCAGAAUGAAAACAUCCAAGAUUGUCAGUUUUGGAAAAUUUUGGCCACGUUUUUACAUUUUGGAAUGCCUGAAUCGAACUGAGAGUUGAAUAACUGCAUAGUGUCAAGCAUAUGACAAUUGCUAAAAACCUGUAUUUACAUUACAUUUCGUAUCUUUAUUAAUAUAACUGUAUUUGUAAGUUAGGCGCAUCUCUAGGGUAAAAGUUUAACCAAUAGAUGUAGUUUUUACACUUUUUAAAAGUGGUGGGUGGAACCAAAGCAUUUCAAUAUUCAAAGCAUUAAAAGAUUUUGUUAUUUUAGUAUUCUAAGAUGAGAAGAAGUUGUUACUUGAGUUGGUGUAAAACUACCUGAUCAUCUCAAACUAUGUAUUAAGAUGUAGUUUAUAUUAAAAAAGGAACCCUGAAGUUUAUUGUAAUGGGCUGCCUGACUUCUUGUAUAUGUAUCAAAUUUGCUGUGUAAAAAUUCUGUAUCAGAAUAAUGGCAGUAUAUGAUUUGAUUUAUUUUAAUAUUAUAACAUUAUUUUGUCA